UCUCCCGAGACGUCUUCGGGACCUGUUGGCGGGGAAAGCGUCACGCCGCGGUGUACUUUUCCCCGUCUUCUGGUAGUUGAUAACCCGAGCGAUAUUGGCAAAUGUCUACUAGCCUAGACUACAUUACCUAGUUCUUCCUGCCCCGAGGUUACUAGUUGGAGCGCUUACCCCACGUUAGUGGGGUGUUAGAUUGUUGAUUGUUGGGGAGACUGUAUUGAUGGGGGGCGAUGAAGUCUUUCUAGAAAAGCAGAAAUGGGGGUUACAAAACCACCAAUGCUGCCUAUCUCAUAGUAUGCCUAGUGCACUCUUUUAUGCACAUUCACACGGCCCAAAGCUCACGAUUGUUUUGCUAUUCAACUGAUCCAAUAACGAAAUCUACCAUUAUCUAGUAGCACGCUUCACACGUAAACGCACCCCCUUGCAGACGGCAGCAACAGUGGACACGGGCAGAAAAGAAGCCAACAUGGUUCGGCCACCACUCAACCAGAACAGAUCGAUGGCGAUCCUCAAUGCCGCUCGUGAAGGCGGAUUUGGCGUGCCUGGCAUGUGCUGCUACAACAUUGAGUCCAUCAUUGCGACGGUACGGGCUGCCGAGGCUGCAAAUUCACCUGCCAUGGUACUACUCUUUCCUUGGGCUAUCGAGUACGCUGGUGAGGCCCUCGUCCGAGCCGCUGCGACAGCAGCCCAUUCGGCCCGUGUGCCAGUGUCAUUACAUCUCGAUCAUGCGCAGACCCCCGACCUUGUGCGCCGCGCCGCCGACAUUGAAGAUGGCUUCGACAGUAUCAUGUGCGACAUGAGCCACUACGAGAAAGAGGAGAACCUUGCGUUGACCCGCGAGCUCGUUGCAUACUGUCACGAACGCGGCAUCGCAGCGGAAGCAGAGCCUGGUCGCAUCGAGGGUGGCGAGGACGGCGUCGCCGAAACAGCAGACCUCGAAGCCGUGUUGACGACGCCCGAGCAAGCUGAAGAGUUCGUGGCCACCGGGAUCGAGAUGCUCGCGCCUGCUUUUGGCAAUGUACAUGGAGAAUAUGGUCCUCGUGGUAUCCAGCUUGAGUACGGCCGUCUAGAAUCGAUCAACAAGGCUGUUGGCGACCGCGUGCGGCUUGUACUGCACGGUGCGGAUCCCUUUGACAAGGAUAUAUUUCAGCGGUGUAUCCGCGCCGGCGUGUCCAAGAUCAACAUCAACAAGGGCAUGAACAAGCAUUACGCCGCUGUGCAAAAGGAAAUGCAGGGUAAGCCCUUGACCAGCGUUAUCGAGGCUGGUACAGAUGCUAUGCAGAAGGCUAUCGAAGAAUACAUGCACAUGUUAGGAAGUGCAGGUAAAGCAGCGGGGAAAUGAUCAUUGCUAGUGUACGUUCCUCUAAUAAGAAAUAAUAACCUUACAUAUGUAUUAUCUACUCUUUGCAUCAAUACGACAGAAGAAGGCAUUAUGCGAAUACCUACCGUCGUGGACCGGAUGCUGUG